UCGCGCUACAUUCCUCCGAUCAACGUACAUCAUACAGUAUCAGUGCUCCCUCGGACCAGUUCGUCCAGUGCGACCAUGGCUGAUCAAACCGAUCAGCCCGACAAAUUUCCCUGUAAACUUACCCUCGAUAUCCCGUUCCCCACUGCCCACCUCGCAUCCACAGCUCUGAGCGCGCUCGCCGUCGAUAGCGAACCCUCAUCGCUCGUCAAACGGUCCUUCAGCACCCUUGCGCCCUCUGACUCAACCGAGCUAACAGUCCUGCGAGUCGACUAUGCUGCGGAUACAAACCGAAUGCUCAGAGUUGCAGUCAAUAGCUUCAUGGAGAGCAUGGGUGUGGUAGUGGGUGUCAUGAAAGAACUGGACGUGGAUGUGGUGUAUGGAGAAAUCGAGGGCGGCUUGGAAGGUGUGCAGGGGCUGGAAGAGGUCAAAGGAUGA